UCCGGAGAGCAGCAAAGUGGGGGAAGAGGAGGACUAGUGCGCGAAGGACGCAGUCGAUCCGAUAGCUCCUCUCUCUCUCUCUUCUCUCUCUCUCUCACUCUCUCCCCCCUCUCUCUCUCUUUUUGCGAUUGAAGGGACACGGACGGAGGAGGCUGAGCUCCACAUUUCAGCUGCAAGAGCUCAGAUCUCACCAGGAUAAAGUCACAGAGAAGAGGAUAACUUGUGCGUAAAGACGCACGUUAAGAGUUGUCCAGUGUAACUAAGAAGAGACUGAACCACGGGGCUUUUCCCCACCCACCCGUCUUAACACCGGACCAUUCUUUCACAACAUUUUGGACUUAUUUACACUAAAGAAAUCCGCUCUCUCUCUCUCCGCGGGCUUCAUUUUCUCCACGGAUUUAGUGUUUUAAGCGGCCGGCCGCAGUGGACUUUGCCCGGUCAUCAGGAGAGCCCGGCAGCUGUCGUUCAUGUUGCAGGGGGCUGUUUUUGAUGGAUUUAUAAGCUCGACUUCGAUUUCAGUCGGAUACACAGCAGACGCAGCGACUCGCCCGGCUGUUUUUUUGGAAGGAUACUCCAGGGAUAUCAGAGUUCCAAAUGAGGAUUUCUAUAUUCACUCUUAUCGACCGGGACAAGGAGUGAUUCCCCCAGUGGUGCCAGUCAUCGCUGCGUGGACAGCCCGGGAGGAAAGGAUCCUGAUUUAGAGACUUUGUGGGUUUCUGAAGUUACCAUGCCAGCGACCGGAGUGUGAGGCCCACUCCAGGCUUCUCACUUAUAAUUUUUCCACUCGGCCCCAAGAGACACGCGUCUAGAAGAUGGCGAGGGUCUGCAUGCUCUGCGUUCUCCUGCUCUGUUUGUUGGACAGGGUCACGGCCAGAGCCAUCGAUGAGUUAAGAGCAAAAGAUCUCCGGGUCCCCAGGCCGUUGAUCGUGCCAGGUUACCCAGAAAACACCACAGGGGUGCUGGGUGGUCAGGCAAAGCUGGUGUGUAAAGUCCACAGGCCAGCAUCCACUAAGGUGCAGUGGCUGAAGAAAGAUGUCAGCGGGCCAGGGCGGAGCCAGGGCGGCGGACCACCCCGCCUCAGGGCUUUAACGAAUCUGCAGAGCAAUGCAUCCAAGAUGAACACUCUGCACUUGUCCAACAUCACUUUGGGGGAUGCAGGCGAGUACAUCUGCAUGGCUGAGGGAAGUCACGGUGGACAGGCGGUGCAGGCUAUGCAGUCAGCGUGGUUGGAGGUCCUGCCUGGUACAAUCAUUUCCCAAACUGUGGACCUGACUGUUGCUGAAGCCCCUCCAGAUGUUCUCGAGGACCUGAGUGAAGACACCACAGAGCAUCUUCUGUUGGAGCCAGGUAACGUCCUGAAACUGCGCUGCGACAUGAACACCCGGCCCGGCAUGGCGGUGACCUGGUACAAGGAGGGAGGGCGAGUUCUGCCCACACCUCGCAUCCAGAUGCGUGGAGCCAUCAUGGAGAUCACAGACGUAACAUAUGAAGAUUCUGGCGUUUAUGUGUGCGUCCUGCGGGGAACUAAAGAGCCUGUGAGGAACUUCACUAUCACCGUGACAGACACGUUGGGUUCUGGGGACGACGAUGAGGACAACGGGUUGGAGGACUCGUCGUCCGAGAUCGAAAAUGACCAAGUUUACUUCUCCAGAGGUCCCUAUUGGACCCACACCCAGCGCAUGGAGAAGAAGCUGUACGCAGUUCCUGCAGGCAACACGGUGAAGUUUCGCUGCCCGGCCAUGGGCAGCCCCAUGCCGAGCAUCCGCUGGCUCAAAAAUGGACGCGAAUUUAGGGGAGAGCACCGCAUCGGGGGCAUCAAGCUGAGACACCAGCACUGGAGCCUGGUGAUGGAGAGCGUUGUGCCGUCAGACAGAGGAAACUACACCUGCGUGGUGGAGAACAAACAUGGCUCCAUCGCUCACAGCUAUGUUCUCGAUGUCCUGGAGCGUUCCCCCCACCGGCCCAUCCUUCAGGCCGGUCUGCCCGCCAACACGACAGCAGUGGUGGGCAGUGACGUGCAGUUCCACUGUAAAGUCUACAGUGAUGCCCAGCCUCACAUCCAGUGGCUCAAGCACAUUGAAAGGAACGGCAGUCGUUACGGUCCUGAUGGGACUCCCUACGUUCAGGUCCUCAAGACCGGCAGUCUGAACAUGUCAGAGGUGGAAGUGCUCUACCUGUCCAAAGUGACCAUGGAAGAUGCAGGGGAGUACACCUGUCUGGCUGGAAACUCAAUCGGCUUUGCCCACCAGUCCGCCUGGCUCACCGUACUUUCAGAGGAGGAAGCAGCAGACGCCAUGGACACCAUGGAGACCAAAUACACAGACAUCAUCAUCUACGCCUGUGGAUUCCUGGCUCUGAUCAUGGCCAUCGUCAUUGUGGUGUUGUGCCGAAUGCAGGUCCACCCCAGAAGGGAGCCUUUUGACGCCCUCCCUGUUCAGAAGCUGUCCAAAUUUCCUCUUCGCAGACAGUACUCGGUGGAGUCAAACUCUUCCGGGAAGUCCAGCGCGUCCCUGAUGAGGGUGGCUCGUCUCUCUUCCAGCUGUUCACCUAUGUUGGCUGGAGUCAUGGAGUUCGAGUUGCCCUAUGACCCAGACUGGGAGUUUCCUAGAGAGAAUUUAACAUUGGGCAAACCUCUAGGAGAAGGUUGUUUCGGUCAGGUGGUCAGAGCUGACGCCUACGGCAUCAACAAGGACUCCUCGGACCAGGCCACCACUGUGGCCGUUAAAAUGCUCAAAGAUGACGCCACAGACAAGGAUCUGGCGGACCUUAUCUCAGAGAUGGAGCUGAUGAAGGUGAUGGACAAACACAAGAACAUCAUCAACCUGCUGGGAGUCUGCACACAGGAUGGCCCCCUGUAUGUGCUGGUGGAAUACGCUUCCAAAGGGAGUCUGAGGGAGUAUCUGCGUGCCCGGCGACCUCCAGGCAUGGAUUACACCUUUGAUGUGACCAAGGUGCCUGAGGAGCAGCUCACAUUCAAAGACCUGCUGUCCUGUGCCUACCAGGUGGCCCGAGGGAUGGAGUACCUGGCCUCUAAGAGGUGCAUCCACAGAGACUUGGCAGCCAGGAACGUUCUGGUGACGGAGGACAAUGUGAUGAAGAUCGCCGACUUCGGUCUGGCCAGAGGAGUCCACCAGAUCGACUACUACAAGAAAACCACCAACGGACGGCUGCCGGUGAAGUGGAUGGCACCAGAAGCUUUGUUUGACAGAGUCUACACACAUCAGAGUGACGUGUGGUCGUUCGGCGUUCUCAUGUGGGAGAUAUUCACGUUGGGGGGUUCACCGUAUCCCGGUAUCCCCGUCGAGGAACUCUUCAAGCUGCUAAAGGAAGGACACCGCAUGGACAAACCCUCCAACUGCACACAUGAUCUCUACAUGAUGAUGCGCGAGUGCUGGCACGCCGUUCCCACCCAGAGGCCGACCUUCAAACAGCUGGUGGAGGAGCUAGACAAAGUGCUGCUGUCCAUCUCUGACGAGUACUUGGACCUGUCCACGCCUUUUGAACAGUACUCCCCAUCGUGUGAGGACACGUCCAGCUCCUGCUCCUCUGACAACGACUCCGUUUUCACCCACGAUGCCUUGUCCACCGACCCCUGCCUCCUGGGCUACCAGGACGUGCGCUCUCGGAUAGACGUGAAGACGGCUCUCCGAUAGGCACCCCACGCUUUCACACACAAACACUGGCGUGGGGGGGGAAACACUGCUUCAGACUUUCAGGUGAAGUCGUUCACCGGCGGCUAAAUGGAAGGUCCACUGCUGGUUUUUUUUUUUUUUUUAAAGUUAAGUUAAAGAUUUUAUUCUGUUUUCCACUGGACCUCCAUUAUGGCACCAGACAAAGCCCUUAGAGAUAGGUAGGCAUUUAUACAUACACAUACAGACACACAUGUAUGCACAUGGAGCACUGAGGCCAGUGGGCUUCAUUACAUGGUGGAGGUUUUGAAGAAGAAAACGUUUCGUCGUGGGCAGAGGAACGAGCAGAAGAAAAAGCGGGACAAACAAAAUGUGGUACUAUCAGCUCUGGCACUGUGCCCAAGAACAGUUGUAACGUUGGAAAAACUGUGGCACUAAACACAACAGAAUGGACCCUGGUACUCAAAAAAACGCCUUGAAGUGCUCUCUUCGAUCAACUCUUCUCCUCCGGAGGGAGAGGGUGACAGACGAUGAUCUCCUCACACAAACUCAAAACCCAAAACCAGGGCUUGAAAACCUCGGUAAAAAAGACUUUUUUAACAAAACAAAACAAAAAAAAAAAACUAACAAAAAAAAAGAUUUAUUUUGCUACGAUAAAAUAAAAAAAAGAGACUGAUGUUAAAUAUAAAUCUCUCUAUAUAAGAUUAUUUUACUUUUUGUGUUGCUUAUUUAAAAAGAAAACGGUCUUAAAUCUCAGGAUCUCUCAUGCUAAGAAGUUGCUGUAGCGGCAGCAAAGUGCCUGAACUGAUGAUUUCCUGUGAAUAUAUUAGAAUAUUAAAAUAUUGUAUGUACAUAUCAAUAGCAGAAGAGACGAUUGCCUUUUAUAAAUUAUUCUGAAUGACACAAAAAAUGAAGGUUACUGGAGGCAAAAGGGGUAGGGAAGGAACUGAAUCAAGUGCCAAACCUGUCACAGCUCUGUCACACCGUUUUUCAUGUUCAGCUUUCUUUCCAAAACACAGUGUUCAUUUCCAAAUGCAAAUGAAAAGGAUGUGGUUUAUGUUUGGUUAAAUUUGUUGAUGACUGACUGAGAUACACUUAAAUCAAGUUUUUCUAUGAACAAUUCAAUGUUUGUGGUCAAAAAAUUGGCGAUUGGUGCUUUGAAUAUGUCAAAAUUUUGGAAUGAAACCCUGUAUUUUGCAUUUUUUUAAUCCAGCAGCCCAUUUAUAAUGUGGUUGUUUUUGGGCAAAAACCACAAAAGCCACAAAGGUUAUGAGACUUGUUUUUUUUUUUUUUUUUUUUUCUACCAACUUUGAUUCACGGUCUUCCUCCCAACAACAGCUUUACUCGUUCACUCUUUGCCUACAUGAACGCUUUGUCGGGGACAAUGUGUCCAGGGUGGGACUGGUCCUGAAAGGAGGACGGGGCGAUUUAGCAUGAGGACUCUGUGGGGAGCUGGCCCAAGCCCACUGCCACUGCUGACAAGGAGAGCAGGGCAUGGAGGGGAGGGGGGGGGACACUGAAUGUGAAAGCCUGUGUGAUUGAUUUCAAAUAGAGGAGGAGGGGGAGGGAGUCUCCUUUGUCUGGCUGUAACCCUUCACCCAGCCCAAUCUGUUGGCGAGGGGUCCUCAGGUCCGCAGCCUGGCUGGACAAUGAAGGCUUUGCAGGCUUAAUGGGUGUGCCUACGGACCAGAGGGAGUUUUGGGGGGUGGUGGUGAGAGGAUAGCUUGGGCUUGUGUGCAAAUGAAGAGGCUCUUAUUAUGGUAAUGCCUCCUCUUCUCCCCCAAAUGUCCCUAUCUUUAUCCCCAUAGCCUCCAUCUUUUAAAUUACAAAUCUCAAUUCAGAUUCGCCACUCCGCCGCCGCCGCCACCAGGACCAGCUGUAGAGAAUUCCCCCGUGGGGAGAAAAUGCCAACUGAGUCUUAGUCUGCCAAACGACAGACAAAACCCCAAAAUACAAACUGAUGGAGACUGACCAUAGUGUAUCAUCAGCAAACAUCUUUCUCUCAAAUCUUCCAAAGGUCAGAACAAAUGAUCUGCUGCUGUCUUUUUAUUCAGAAGUCUAAAGGCAAAUGAAGGGUUUCAUUCCAAAAUGCUUUAAAUUCUCCAACCAGUCAUUUUCAUGCAUUUGUAAAAAAAAAAAAUUGUCAACGAAGGAUUCUCUGCUCUCCUCAUUUGUUUUUAAUUUCAUGCCGUCGGUCAUCUCUGUGUCACUGUCUUUUCUGCAAAACGACACAUUUUUGGUAAAACCACAAAAUUUUAUUGUUAUUUUCUUUUUUUUUUUACAUUCCAGUCAUCUGCUCUUCUCCCAGGUACCGACCGUCGACACAAUCACAGCGGUCUUAAACAUUUCCUCAAGAGAAUUAUUUUAGAAAUAUCUAAUUUAUUUGUUUAUUGUUUUGUUUUUAUAUGAAAUAAAGUAUAAUUUAAAAUAAA